AUGCCGCUAGCCCAUUCAGAGCAUCCAAUGGCACGCCGUGCUGGAGGCGCCGCCGUCCAAUUGCCAUUCUUCCUGCAGCAGAACCUUGCCCGUACCGGCUUGGACCUGCAGCGGCGCUACAGUCCGGCUCGUUUUAUCCCCCACCGCCGCGAUGCCGCCCGAGAUGCGGUGAAAGACCGCCCCGCUCCGUUCCAUGUGGGAAGUCAACCAACAAAUGCCUCCUCACGCGGCAACCGGCUGGGAUACCGCUUCUGCUUGCCAUUCGAUACGGACUGCCUCCUCUCAACGCUGCCUGUCGUGCUAUCGUGCCCAUCAUCCGAUGUAUACACUACUCCCGUCACCAUUCAACAUGGCUCACCAGCCAGCCAACCAUCCGCGCUCUCUCCGCCUUACGGUUUCACCUUUCUCCCGUACAUCCCCGUCAGCUGGCCCUCCGACCCGUCAGACAUAUUCUCCAACGUUCGAAUGAAACGCUGA